CAGGAUUUGUCUGGUUCUGUAUUAUCAUGGCUGCGCCCACUCAUACUUGGUAUUUAUCAUUGUAAACAAUCCCCGUAAUAGUCCUAUUCUCUGAAGCUGGGGCGAUUUACCGGCACUAAUUUCAACACUGAUGUGAAUAUGAACACAGUGUCUUAAUUUGUUUUCUUCUAGUAAAAGUAAUGAAACCUGACCAGCAUAAGAAAAAAAGCAGUGCACAGUACAAUGCAAAACAUAAUAUUAAUAAUAAUAUUAAUAAACGAGAUUCAGGCUCAGCCUCAUCAUGUCGUAGAGGAGGGAGAGUGGGUAGACAGGGAAGAAGAGAUGAUUCUGCCCAAGUGGAGCCGGAAACCAGGGAGCAGGAUGACACUUCCGAAUUAGAAGAGGCUCCAUCUUCGUUUUCAAGACGAGGUGUUACCAGUAACUGGGACAGGUAUGAAUGCGACGUUGACACGCCAAGUGAGCAGGAACAGUGCAGGGGUGCCGACUUCCACUCAUUACUAACGACAACAGGGGGCUCAGCAGCAGAAUUUCGCUUUAAGGAUGAAAGACAAUGGGAUGCCGAGGAGAGCGAGAGCAGCAGCAGCGUUCCUGUUGGAGGCUUCAUGUCAAUCGACUGUGAUACUCUCGCUGCAGCCCUUGCAUGUAUUCCACUGCACAAGCGUCUGCACUUGGAUGAAAGCUUAUUUGAGGAGAAACAUAUUAAAGCUUUUGCAGAGGAUGCCAAGAGAUGUUCUGAAAUGUACUCACCCGCACCAUACAAACCACUACCUUUCAAUGCAGAUGAUGAGAAGCACACAAUUGCUAGCAAUGUAAUUGGUCUACUUAGCGAUGGCACAGAAUCUACAACACUAAAUAAGUUGGGUGUUGAAUCUGUUGAUAACGAGUCUCAUGGUACAUGCCAAAUUACCGGACAGCAUCUAAAAGAUGCAAAUUCAGCAGUGACUGAAGCAGAGCAAGCGGAGCUGGAUUUUUUGCUGUCGUCAACACCUAUUCCCAACUUGAGAGCAGAAGCAUCAGUGCCUGUCACAGAUUCAGUAACCAUGCUUCCUGUACAGAAUACCGACAGAAAGCUUACUAGCGACUUGCAACAGACCAGUGCAGGAACUGAAGUGGGUAGCAAGUCGGAUAAAGACGUCACAGAAAUAACCGCUGCUUUAGGGAACGUGGCGAUUCAGAAGCAAGAAGAUGAUCUAGACACCCUCCUGUCUUUGGAUUCGCAGUUGGCUCACACAGGUUCCAAGAAUGAAUGCCGUCCAGUAGGUUCAGGCUCAGGAGCAGGUGGUGUUGACCUGGAUGACUGGUUGGACAGUGUUCUAGAUAGUUGAAGUGCAUACGUCUGCUAAUAUCAACCAAUAUCUACGCUGUACAGAACCUUAAACUCUGCAAAUGUGACAAGUGAUGUAACUUGAUGAACUGCAUUAUGGUAACAAGAUGAUAUAAACAAGAGAGAAACUGUACUCCCAUUUACAUGUACAGUCCGACCUCCUUUAUCCGGCCAUCCGUUAUCCGGAAAUCUCUAUUAACCGGCCGCGAUCUCGCAGUGCAUG